AGACUUUGAAUUCUGCUAAAGUCCCAGGCUCCACAGUAUGGUUUCCCAUCAUCAAAGUAAGAAGAAAGUGAGGUUGUAGGAUCAGAGUGUAGUUUAAUUUGAACAGCAGUGAUAAGAUGUUGGCCUGCUAAAAGUUGUGAAGUCUCGAGGUAUAGGGCAGUGAUAGAUGUCAGCCAGGGAAGGUGGGAAACCGUGGUCUGCAAACCUGUGUCUCCAAGCUUGGCUGUGGUCUUCUCUUUAGCAGUUGGUGGGAUAGGGAAGAGAGAUAAAAACACACACACCCCUAAGUUUGAAAAUGGAAUUACAGAGACUCCUAGAACUCAACGAUUUGACAUAGCUACCUCUUUAACAGAUGCAUGGGCAUGGAGGUUAUGACUCUGAUUUUAGUGAUGAUGAGCAAGGUGGAGAAUCCAGCAAGAAGAAGAAGAAGACAGUCGAAGAUGAGUUGCUGCUUACAAAACCAUUUCAAAAAGAAAAACAUGGAAAGGUGGUCCAUAAGCAAGUCGCCGCGGACCUGCUGGACAGGGAAGAAGCAAGAAAUAGAAGGUUUCAUCUCAUAGCUAUGGAUGCUUAUCAAAGACACACAAAAUUUGUAAAUGACUAUAUUUUGUACUAUGGUGGCAAAAGGGAGGACUUUAAGCGCCUGGGGGAGAAUGAUAAGACAGACCUGGAUGUUAUACGAGAAAACCAUAGGUUCCUGUGGAACGAGGAGGAUGAAGAAGAUAUGACUUGGGAGAAGAGACUUGCAAAGAAAUACUAUGAUAAAUUAUUCAAGGAAUACUGCAUCGCCGAUCUCAGUAGAUACAAAGAAAAUAAGUUUGGAUUCAGGUGGCGAAUAGAAAAAGAAGUAAUUUCAGGAAAAGGUCAGUUUUGCUGUGGGAAUAAAUGUUGUGAUGAAAAAGAAGGCUUGAAGAGCUGGGAAGUGAACUUCGGUUAUGUUGAGCACGGUGAAAAGAGAAACGCACUUGUUAAAUUAAGAUUAUGCCAAGAAUGUUCCUUUAAAUUAAAUUUUCAUCACAGGAGAAAAGAAAUCAAGUCAAAAAAAAGAAAGGCUAAAACCAAGAUUGAAGGUGACGAUUCACCGCCUAAGAAAUCCAGAUCAUCUUCAGAGGCUUCCAAGGGGAAGGAUGAAGGACAUUCAUCCUCAAAAGAGUCAGAAGAUUCUAGAAACAGAAACCCUGAUGAGGAAGACGGUGCUUCCGAAUCCGAGCUCUGGAAGGGUCCCCUGCCAGAGACCGACGAAAAGUCACAGGAAGAAGAAUUUGAUGAUUAUUUUCAGGACUUGUUUCUGUGAACUGGGAGAGAUCCUCAUUCCUUGGUGAGGUAGUGUCCUGUGAAACUCCGUGAACGUGUCCAUGACACCGAGUGGACAGCCACCAGGCCAUGUUUCGGAGGCUCGGGCGGGGACUGCCUCAGACACUUCCUCCUUCCUCCUUCGACAUCUCAGUUGCUUAUCCACCGAUCUGUCUUGGCCAUAGCUCUCCAGUGUAUGAUACACCGUUUUAAGUGACAUUUGAACAGGGAGUGAUUGGCAUUAAACUGUAAAUAAAUUAUGUAGUGUCUGCUUUUAAAA